AAACCUAACUUCAUUCAUAUAUAUGUGAUAAAAAUUGAAAACUGAAGAUAGGAAUAAAAAUGGUAUUUCUUCGUUACAUUUUCAUCGGAAUUGUGUAAUAUAAAACUGUUCGUGCGGAAGACACGUGUUCUUUUCACAUAACCUAUAUUGCUAGUGUGUACAUAAACAUAAAAUCAUACAGUAUGCAGAGAAUGACUUUUAAUAUACAAUAUGUUUAAUUUGUGACAUUGAACCUAUAAAAAAGUGUAGAGAAAAAAAUUCAUAAUGGGAAUUCCUGGAUUAACUACUUAUAUAAACAAUCGUUCUGACCGUUAUCUGGAGUAUUAUGAAUUGCACAAUACAUAUUUGGUAAUUGAUGGAAACAGUGUUUGUUGCUCAAUAUAUAAUUUGUAUGCAAAAUGUAAUUGUGCAUUUGGUGGUGAUUAUGAUAAUUAUGCGCAGUGUGUGUCAGACUUCUUUAAUGAUUUAUUAAGAUGUAAAGUAACACCUCUGGUUUUAUUUGAUGGUGGUAGUGAAAAUAAAAAAUUUAGAACUGUUAUAAAAAGAACUAAACAGAAAAUCCGUGCUGCAUGGUCAUUUUCUCCACUCAAUCAAAGGAACAUGAAAUUUUUUCCUUUAAUGUUACGGGAAGUUUUUAUAGAUGUAAUGAGAGAAAAGAAUAUUAGACACGUGCAAUGUCUAUUCGAAGCUGAUAAUGACAUAGCAUCAGUAGCAAGGAUCUUGAAUUGUCCAGUACUUAGCUAUGACUCUGACUUUUAUAUAUAUGGAACAUUAUAUAUACCAUUUGAUACAUUAGAUACUUAUGUAGUUAAAAAUCCAAAUGGAAAUGGUUACAUGAAAUGCUGUAAAAUUUAUAAAGUUGAGAACUUGCUUAAAUCUUUUAAAGGACUAGAUCAAUCAAUGUUGCCACUGGCUGCAAUAUUACUAGGUAAUGAUUAUGUAAAACGUAAUACGUUCAAGAACUUUUUUCGCCACUUGAAGCUAAGAGGAGCAUCAAGAAAAAAGCAUAAUCAUCGACAAUGUUGUAUAGAAACAACUUUGAGGUGGCUGAGCAAUUACACUUUGGACAAAGCUAUCAUUGAAGUUUUAAGUAGAUUAAUUAAGCCUAUCCGACAAAAAAUAUUAGACUUAAUAGAGAUCAAUAUAAAUAGCUACACAAAUGCAUCUGCUGAGAUGCUUUUACCUCUAGGUUUUUCAAAAGAUUAUGUUGUUCAUGUAAAUACAUAUCAUUUGAAUAGAAGUUUUAAAUUUGAUGGAGAUAUCAGUUCAUUGACAUACAUAGAAGAAGUUUAUAAAGAAGGAAAUAAUGAAUCAAGCGAAGAAGAAAAUGAAGAUGAUGAAAUUGAAAUGGCAAAUAUAUGUAGUAAGACUGAACUAGUGCCUCAAAAUGUAGUUAGUAAAUUGCCUAUGUGGUUUGUAAACGAAUUUCUUAUGGGCAAAUAUCCAAAAUAUUUUAUGGAUUUAAUAGUUCGAUAUAUAUAUGUUUGUCCUGUACAGGUGGAAGAUUAUCGUUAUCCUUCUAGUAUCAUAGUAAGCUUAAAAAUUAUUAGUGUUAUAUUUGGGAUUUUAAAAUCAGCAAUAAUUAGUAGAAUAUGUUAUAUGAAAUAUAUGGUGAGAACACAAAAUAAGAAGAUUAUAUGCUGUAAGUUACAAAGUACAGAGACUAUGAAUAAUUUUAGUCUACCUUCUUUAUUCAAUCUUAGAGAUAUCCCAUCACUUACUCAAAGAGAGAUUUUAAACAAUACUUUAGGAAUUACAGAUAUGGAUUGUAUAAAUGAACUUCCACCAGAAUGGAUGUUGUAUAUUGGAUGUAUUAAAUAUUGGAUACAUCAAGAAGAAUGUUCUUUAUCUCAUGAAUGUUAUUUAUAUUCCAUAUUUAUUUGUAUGUUAUUUAACAUAGUCGAUUCCAAAAUUGGAAGAUACAGAAGCAUGCAUACUUUUCAGAAAAGAUAUUGUCAAUUAAUUGAAACUGUGAAGCAACAGAGGAAAAAGAACAAUUGUGAUUCAUGUUAUACAAUGAAUCAAUUAUGUGGUAAUCAAUACAAUGGUACAAUCAUAGAAGCCUAUAAUGAAAUUGACUAUAAUGACUGUGUAUUAGCAGCACCAUUCUUUAUCUCUUAUUUUAAUAUGAAUAAAGAAUUAUAUAAGAAUCCAAAAAAAUUUGAUAGAUUUACUGUACAUGUAUUUGCAGAGUUUCAAAGUUGUCUGAGACAUGCUAUGAAUCUGAAUGCACUUCUGGGGUAUCCUUAUCCACAGACCAAAGUUGCAAAUUUAUUUAAUGGUACUUUAUUGUAUAAUCUGAGUAAUAAUUUUAAAACACGCUAUGAUAUUGAAGAAUACAUAAAUAUUGUUCUUCAAAUGUCUCCAAGUCUCUUAAGAUUAUUUAAUACAUUUUUAUUAAAAGUCAAAUCAAUGUUUCCAUUUAAGUUUCAGGAUGGAACUAAUCUUCGUAAAAAACAUAGAACAAAACCUAAACAUCCAAAGACUAAAAAAAGUAUUUCAUCUAUAAGUGAUUCUGAAUAUUUUAGUGCAGAUGAUGAUUUAAAUGAAGCAUGUUAUGAUCCAAAUAAUCGUUUUUCUAUGCUCAACCAUAUAUAAUGCAUAUUUUCAUUCAAUAUUACAGUAGAACUCCAUUUAUAUACCAGGGGAUAAAUAGUAUUUUUUUUGUUUUGUUUAUACAAUGUCCAAUGUUUGUCUAAUCAGGUAUUCAAUAAAGUUUCAUUGAAGUAAAUGCAGUUGAUAUAAACGGAAUUCUCUGUGAUUAAUUCUGUACUGUAUCACAUGUAGUGUAUGUAAUGUUUUUAUACUAUGUACUAAUGUAUGUAUAUAUUUGAUCUUUACAAGUAUAUUUUGAUAUAUAUUUAGAACUUAAGUCUUAAUUGAAUUAAUAUUUUUCAUAGAAUAAAUUAUUAUAUCUUCAAUAUACAUAAAAAUAAAGAGGAUGGUAAUGUAAUACAACUAUAA